AUGUUCGGCCGUCACUUCGACGAAAAGGAUGAAAUUCUGAGUCAUAUCACUCGCCAAAGUAUUGACGUAUUGAAGACAUCUUUCAAGGCUGAUGUUUCCAACGAGGAAUGGCUCCUUAUCCGUGGAUUAAAAUCUCGCUUUGGAAUCCCUUAG